UAGCGAAUGCGCGAUUGUUACCUAGAUGAGAAAUUGUAUUUACCUUAUCAAAAAUCUUAAAAUUCUGACACAUCGAUAAGAUAUAUUUAAUUCCUUUGUCACGUACUAUUAUAAAAUUGAUUAAAAGGGUUUCUUUAAAAAUGUCUGUGUGUGAUGGUGAAACGGAACAAAUGGAUACCGGUGAUAACUGCAACUGUGAUAUUGCCCAGGAAUCUAAUAACAAUAUCACGAAGAAUAAAGAUACGAUUGAAGUUGAAACGAAUUUUGUGGAUGAUACAGCUUAUUACAGCUGCAACUGGUCUGUGAGCAAUAUAAAUAAUAGCAGUUUUAUUGAUGACAGUGAUGUUAUUAAUAGUUUUAUGGAAGCUUCAAGUGAGGAUGCGGAGGCAAGGCUAAAAGCAAAACGCCAAGCCAGAGCGGAGGCGCGGGAGAUUCGCAUGCGCGAACUGGAGCGCAUUCAACGCGAACAAGAAGAAAACGCAGAUCGACAAUUUGACAUGAUGGUAUCGGCAGGGGCAGAUCCCGUUUGGGGAGUGCGGCCUAAACCCACUUCUACUGUGAGGCAUCGGCCUGCCAGCCGAAGAAACUCCGAGGACUCGCUCGAAGAUGGGUCAGGGGGAGGAGGAAGUUUAAGGGAUCUGAGGGCAGAACUUAAAGACGUCGAGGAUAGAUUUAGGAAAGCUAUGAUAGCUAAUGCCCAGUUAGACAAUGACAAAGCAGCUCAGUCUUAUCAAUUAGAACUACUUAAAGAUAGGCUUGAAGAAUUAGAGGAAGAAAACUCUCAACUAAAAAGAGAGCAUCGAGAUAAAUGCAGGGAACAUGAACAAUUAAAAAGAUUAUGCCAGCAGCUCAAAGAUGACCUGCGGCUCUAUAAACUAGAGCUGGAAGAACGAGAUAGGUUAAUAGAAGAAAAAGGAUUGGUAAUAGUAUGUGGGGAUCCGGGGGAAAACGGGGAACCCCCUAAAAAAGCUUUAGUUCAAGCCGAGAACGCCAGGUUAUUAGAAGGUGGAGACGGUAGCUUAGAUGUACGAUUAGCGCAUUUAGCGAAAGAGAAAGGGGAGUUAGAAGAUGAAAUUAGCAGUUUAAAGUUAGAACUGGAGGAAGAGAGAAGUAGAAGAAGGAAAUCUAGUAGUUUGCUGAACGGACCUUCUGAUUAUGACCCCGAUGACCUACAACGGGAAGCUAGUAAACAAUUGGCAGACUACAAAUUUCGCGCUCAAAAAGCUGAGCAAGACGUGGCGACGCUACAAGCGACCGUGGCUAGGCUGGAGACGCAGGUUAUCCGGUAUAAAACGGCCGCAGAGAUCUCUGAGCAGUCUGAGGAAGCCUUAAAAGCCGAAAAGAGGAAACUGCAACGAGAGGAUUCUGAAAACUCUCUAACCGACAUUUCUUCCGAGUACAGUAGUUACUAAAUUGUGCUUUAUAUAAUGCAAUAAUGGCGAGGGAGGCACAGAGUAGAGCGGACGAGCUUGAAACCUCAAAUACCCACCUGCUCAAACGAUUGGAUAAAUUAAAAAAUGCCAAAUCGACGCUUCUUAAAGAACUUUGACAUGACAGACAAUUUAAAACCCAUUUUUAAAUUCUUAUUUUUUUUUACUUUUUAAUUGAUCUAUGUGAAUUCAUAAGUUCUUAUUCUACUUAUGUAUUGUUAAUAUUUGGUCUACAUGUUUUGCUGCUAUACAUUUAGAAACCUAUAGAUGUGGGCGCGUAAAAUUUUAACUUAAAAUUUUUAUGGCAAAAAUGCACAAAAAAAACGUUUUUCUUAAAGGCUUUAUUGGCUUGAAUUUAGUAACAUUUUAUAAAGCAUAUAAAUUAACCACGAAAUAAUAUUGUUUACGAAAGAAGUUGUGCUGUCCGUAAUCGUUUUGUUAUGUAAGUUUACCAACAAUAAAAUAAAUUUGUAUUUAUUUA